CCCUCGAAGCGGCAUGGAAGCCAAAGCGAACGCCGCUGGCACGCCUCUUCCCCCUUCGAAGGUCUCGAGCUCUCGGAACCAUAAUCCUGGUCUGUCCCCGUCGCCUUCGCCGACGCGGCUAUGGCGGCCGGCGGCGCAGAGGAAUAUAAGGAACCAGUGGUCGAAGCUGCUCUCGAACAAGGAUCGGUGGGCCUCCGCGGCGUCGGAGGGGAGGUCGCAGGCUACCUCUCUCGUCAAUGCUUAUCUUAAUCAGAGGUACAUGCCGGCGAUGGAAUUGGGUGUUCUGAAGGAUAUGCCUGGGAUUCGGCAGAAGGCUUGUGACAAAUUGGCUCGUAAGCAGGAAACGUAUCGAAAAUUGCUGUUAUCAUCUUACAACGAUAUGGUACUUGCUGUUGCUGAACUGGUCAAGUCAGCUCGCUCUAUGCGUUGUUUCCUUAAAGGACCUAUCGCCAGCCCCCUGGCACAAUUUUCUGAUAUUCCAGAGCAUGAGAAUGAUCCUGGAGAUGGUGGAGGAAUUCCAGUUUUUUCAUCUUUUUCAAUUACAUACUUUGAGAAUCUUGCACAUGAGCUUGUCAAGAUGUUUCUAUCAGAGCUAAGUUUGAAGAGGUUCCUUGUGGUCGAGUUACUGUCGAUUAAACAUGAGGAAGGUAAAGGACAAUUCGAUAGAUUAAAAUGGUCAGAUGAGCUAUAUUCUGGAGAAUUUCAAGAUCUAACUAUUAGUGGUCUGUGCUCUGAGAAAAAUGUUGAGCCUUUACUUCCAUCGCUAAGAGGUCAGCAACCCUGUGCCUCCCUGACCACACAAGUUGAUCAUCCUUUGAGCAGUGAUGUUUUGCAGGUGUACCUAACAACAUGGCUUGCUGAUGUAAACAUUGACACGAAUAGAAUCAAUGACAUAUUUACUAUUGUCGAAGAAGAAACACAGGUCAAACUGUCGUGAUGUUUUGAGUGUUCUGAGUGAUGAAAGGUUAUGAAGAAACAUUUGAACUGCGGGGAGGAAGCAAAUAUGAAGUGUAUGCAAACCUGUGAGUCUGAUUGUAACAUGAAAUUUUUCGACAUUCACAAGAUUUGGAUAUAUAUUUAAGACAAUUUGUAUCAACAUUCUUUUGCCUGCUUAUCUGUUCUUGAUACCAAAGCCAACCAGACCUGUUUGCUUGUGAAAAAUAUUAUUGCUUUUCCCAUCAUGUUGUAAAACAAGCCUAUCCUCAGACAGCAUGAACAAAGGUAAAGAAAAUUUGUACUGCAGCUUCUGUGUGGUGGCUGCUGCUGCACCAAAACAUUUUUAAUAAACAUUUAUAAUUCUUAAUAUUCUAAUUAAGUUUAUAUUAUUCAUAUUUAUGCAGGAGAACUUAUUGUGGCUCUUAGCUUUGCAGUGGAAAGAGAGUAACCAGAGCAAGAUAGACUUGGAGCAAUGACAGGUAAUAUUCUGAUCUCAGUUUUAUAUAGUUGGAAUUUGGAGAUGAGGGUAUCAAACUCUGUGAGCUCCACAACUUAAGCCCCAUCCACAAAAUAGCUCAGAAUAGUAUCUUUCAUUACCUUUCCAUGGACUUGUCAGUCACUUUCCAAUCCCUUUGAUUCACUUUAUGCCCUCAUUAAAAUUCUAUCAACCCCCAUCAACGUCACUCAUCAUUCUUGUGACAGUGUCAACCUCUCAGUCCUCAUCAUUGGCUGCCGACUCUAUAAGAAAUUGAUUUGUGUCGAUUCACUUACUUUUAGAGCUUUGAAAUCCCUGUCGUAGAAGGGACAGCAGCCUGAAUUGUAGAGUUGGAAAUGGUCCAGUCAUCAUUUGUUUAAGUCUCAAGGUCUAUUUUUCCUGUCUCCAGUGUUCUUGCAGUGUACUCUUACUCUUUCUCUCACCCCUCAUCAUCUCUUGGCAUGUGACUCGUGGUCCAUGGCAUUCCCCUUGCAACACAGUGGAGAUGGGGUCAGCGGAUAUCCUAUGCCACGUUAUUUUUGCUGUACCCCCUAAGGUUUUCUUAACGUACUGUCACCAUACAAGGGUCAUAGCAUUCCUAAUCGCCGUCCUCUUCUUUUAAGGUAAUCCAAGAACAUUCCCAGGACGGUACGUGAUGCGAACAGAGCCAAUGCAUGCCGUGGCUGCAGGAUUCUUGGCGAUUGCUUCCUUUUGUCUGCUAUCUGGCAGCACUUCCCAUGCAGCACUGCAACCUUAACACCGGCACCGUGGCCAUGUAUUUGAGGCAUGUCUUCUUGCGAAUCCUCGUCAGGUUGCAGCUUUAUAACUGAUGUGCCAAACUUUGUCAGCAGGGGAAUGCAACAUGGCACAUGAAGCUGCAACUGGAAACGCAUAUAUAUAUAUAUAUAGAACACUGUGCCCUCUCUGCUGCUGCAGAAGCUCACCAAUCAAUGAGCAAGUUUUGAUUGAUGUUUUGUGUUGUUGCAGCACUUUAGUAUCAAGACAACUUCAAGCUCUUGUUAGCUACUAUAAUUUCCAAGAAGAUUCAAAAACUUACUCUC